ACAUUCUGAAUGCGAUUGUUCGCACGUUCAGUUCAGUUUCUGUUUAGUUCAGUCGCGUGUGUGCAUCGCUUCGAGUCGGUGGCCGGUGGUCGUUGGUCGGCGGUUUGUGGCUAUAUAGCGCAUCUAUCAUGUGAUUAAAAUCGGUCCGGCAUCCGAGAAGACAACAUCUGUGUUCGAGCACGUAUCGGCGUCGGCAUCGCCAUAGCCAUUGCCGCAGCUAUAGCUGAACUGACUCACCGCGACCGCCGGACAGACAGUGGAAUCAACUGUUUUCGGGGGCGAUGAUGGCAGUGCUUGCCUCGCUCUUUCUGCUCGUCACGCUGGCCAGCUCAGCCCGUGCCAUUACCUGCUACGAGUGCGAUUCCGUCAAUAAUCCAGGGUGUGGGGAGCGAUUCGUGGGCGAUGACAUAUCCACGACGGAUUGCGACGUGGUGGCGAACAUGCGAUCCCUGGGAGCGGAGGCCACUUGCCUCACCAAGUACCACGAGGGAAUGCCAGGAGACACGCGCUUCGUGAGGCGCUCCUGCUACUUUGGCGAUGCCUCACCGACAGGCAUUAGUUGCGACGAUGGACCAGAUCCGGUGGUGCCCUUCAUGAAUUUCCUGGGCUGCACACUCUGCAACACGGACUUGUGCAACGCAGCAGCUGGAUUAUCCACUCUUCCUUUGGCCAGUGCCCUUUCGGUGCUCGGACUGCUGAUCCUACUUGCGAACUAGGAAAAAGCGGAAGUGGAGGUGGAACAGCGGUCGUAUUUCAAUGUUUCCUAUUAAACAUAAUCUACUUCAGCAUUUAAGAUUGUUGUUUUCUUGUCCAACUUACUAACAUUCAACACGACACACAUUAUACACAUUGAGCGCGAACUUUAACCCCAUAUUCGUACAUCAAUAGGGCAGAUGGCUUAUGUUGCAAAUUUAACUACACAGGAGAAUCAAAAAGCUAAUUUUUUAUAUUUAUUCUUUUUAUUUUUAUUUUCUUUCCAUUGUUUUUAUACAGCCACUAAAAUGAUUUAACAUACAUAUAUAUUUAUAUAAUAUAAUUAUACUUGUUUGAUUUAAUAUAAUUUAUUGAAUAAAAUUUACUCGUCCCUACUCUA